UGACAAAGAAUCGAUCCUGAUACUUUCGGAAGCGUUCCAUUMGUCCCAAAGAUUAUUUUUGCUCUUCUGCCUCGAGAAGUCACAAGAAGCAGGUUGGUCCGAUUUCAGUUUUGGCCUGAGCCUCAUUGCCUUAGACCCUACCACCAGCUUAAUUUGCAUGCCAUUAAAAUGAGGAAWUCAUUUCGGUUUAGACCAUUGAUCCUCCUAUCGUCACUGGGGGUUGUGAUUCCACCGGCAUCUGUACUUUCAUUUCGGGCACARUGGCAACAAGAAMCAGUUCGAAACCGAUGGAAUUCUCCAAUAAAACCAGUGGGUACAGUUUUCGGAACCACAGAAGCACACACAACGAUAUGCCGUCCACCGUCGGCUUUAAGGGCAGAAGGGAUUGACCAUCCCUACGAAUACGACUUGGCUGUCAUCGGGGCGGGACCGGUUGGUGUUCAGGCGGCAAUCGUUGCAGCGUCGACAGCGAAGAAGAAGGUAGUUCUGAUCGACGCACCCCGAGCUUCCGGCCAGUUGAUGAACGAAGAGACCAACGAAGAUUUAUCCAUCGGUGGGCCAACCGGCUUGUUUUCCAAAGCCUUGAGGGAUGCCGCAAAACGAAUCAAGGUGCCUACGCUUCGUGGAAUGAAUUUGCGGGAGGACAGCAUUUGGAACGAAAUCACAAGUUCGUGUGUAGAACUCGCUUCCUUCAACGCAAACGACGUCAAACGACAAUUGGAAUAUGCGGGUGUGACCUUAAUAGAAGGAUACGCUAAAUUCAGUGAYGUCGGCGGUAGCCACCACUUGACAGUUUGCCAGACGGGAGAUACUGUAACGAGUACAAUUUCGACMGACAAGGUAUUGAUAGCAACGGGAUCGAGACCGUUUCGGCCAGACAAUAUUCCAUUCGACGGGGUCCGUGUAUUCGAUUCCGAUUCCAUCAACGGGUUGAAGUUUUUGCCGAAGUCUCUGGUCAUCACAGGAAGGUAAAUAUACAGUGCUGACAUCGAAUUUCUGUUGUCCACAGCGAAAGAUUGCAUGCUGCUCAAUAGCAACUCAUGGUUAUGCCCGAUGUCUUUUCUCUUCUGUCUCACCCAUACAUUGCUCUUUUGUGCCGCAAAACUCAAACUACCUACCAAUGCACGAACAAACGAAUAACCAACACUUCAGCGGAAUCGUUGCAAUCGAAUUUGCAAAGAUCUUUUCGAAUCUAGGGUGCGACGAUGUCACACUCUURAUUCGUGACAAAAGCCCCAAAAAUGCUCUGAUGAAAAUCGGGUUGGACAAAGAUAUUGCUGCGACCUUGGUUGCCGACUUGGUGCGUUCCGGGAUCAGAAUCGAGCGCGACUGCGAGGUAGGAACAAUCGAAGUACCCACAGCGGCGGCAUCGGCCGCCAACAAGAAGAAGGACUAUAUCGYGCCGUUGAAGAUCGGUUUGAAGACCAAGGGUGGGAUAGAUGAUCGUCCACAGAGCAGUCUGCAAGAAAUCAGGUGCGAUGCGUAUAUUGCUGCGGUGGGGCGAAUAGCCAACACCGAAAAUCUGAAUCUAGAGGCAGCUGGAGUCGAAGUUGAUGAGUAUGGGGGGAUCACUGUCGACAGUCACCUWAAAGCUAAGGGCGUAGAAGAUGGCAAUGUAUACGGUGCUGGGGAUGUUCUCGGACGGCCUUUUUUGGCGUCAACAGGUGUUGCACAAGGAGUCGCAACUGUCAAGAACAUGUUCGACCUUUCGCUUCCACUGGAUCUCGAUGUCUGUGAUGAGUCGAGCGAUUCUUGCGGAGCCGAGGACCUCCUGCUCAUGAAAGCUGCAGCGUGUGACCCUACAUCCCUAGCAGCGAAUCCAGUAAGUUCGCGUUSAUGGAAUCGCAGAUUUUCAUUCAGGUCCGAUCUUUCCAUCUCCAAAAUCUAAUUGUUCUGUUCGGUUGUCGUUAUGCUUGUUAUUUUAGUUUGCCUUCCCGGUAGGUGUAUGGUCUUCUCCCGAGGCUGCUUAUUAUGGGCUAUCGUUGGCACAGGCGAAUGAGAUGGGCAUUGAGGCCGGAGAAGGCAUCUCGUUGUAUGCAGAAUGUCUUCGUGGGCUUGUUUUUAGUCCAGAUGGUUUGCUCAAACUUGUCUUUCAGAAAUCGACUGGUGUUGUUGUUGGUGUUCAUAUUUGCGGAGAUGAUGCCUGCGAACUGAUCCAUUAUGGGAUGGAACUUGUUAAAACCCGGCGGACGAUCACUGACAUCGCAAACAGCAUGUAUUCUGCCGUGACGUAUCAUGAAAUGUAUAGAAUUGCUGCUCUGUCAUGCAUGGAUCCCAAAGCAGCACGAAAAAGCAGAGCAGCAGCCGGAAGGGCAUUGGCUGAGCGACGAAGAAACAMCAAGCAAUAAUGUAGAAGUAAUAGACUACGCACUCUAUU